GGUUUCAAGUGAAAUAUCAUAGUUACUUUAAGAAAUGGCAUUUUUCCAAUUAGUGCUAAAAGCUCGGAAAUUAGAAAAAGCAAGGAAAUUAUAUUACGAUGAAAAAUUACAGUCUAUUGAAAUAUCCAAAGGGAAAAAAGUCCACUAUAACCUAUUUCAACGAAUUCGUAUUCAGAAAAUAAAGUGUAGAUUGAAAAUAAGAAGAUGGUUCAAAAGACUGAUAUUGUCUGUGCCUAAAGGAUCAUGGAUUUAUAAGACAGCUACUUUAUUAAAAACAGAUGGAACUUUUGAAAAUUUUAUUUUUAAAAGUAUGAUUGGUUUCUUGGGUGGUGUUUUUUUAACCUACAUGUUUUUCACAUUUUUUAUGGUCCAGUUGAACUUCACUUUAUACUCAGCAACUUUCUUAUGCUCAAUAUUUGGAGUGAUAUUGACAUUAGGACUUGCAUAUUCAUAUCGAGUCCGGUGUAUUGUUUUUUUACUUCUUCCACAAUUUUUUUCUAAACGAGGACGUCAAGCUAUGAUCGCAUACGCUUUCAUUCUCACUUUAACUGGUCCUGCAAGAAAUACUCUAUACAAUGUAGGAGUGUUAUCGGAGUCUCUGACUUGUGGACAAGAACAAUUAAAAGAAGCUAUACGAGCCUUAAUAGAUCUAAUCAAGCAGCCCUUUUAUGCUCUACGACACACACUUGGAAAGAUUAUACAGAGCAUUAAGGAUAUCGUAAAGAAAAUUGAAGAGACUUUAGUUGCUAUCAAACGAAUCGUCCUCAGUAUCCUUAAAGUAAUUAAAUCAGUAUAUAAUUGGCUUGGGAGUAUUGUUCAAAUGUGCAAUAAAAAACUUGGAACGCCUUAUGAAAGAUGUCGAAAAGUUUUUGAUGAUGCUGUAACUGAUUGUCAAGCUCAACUUGGUCCCCUCAGCUCUCUUUGUAAUGUUGCCACUGCUACUGAACAAUUGUGUUAUAUAGUCAAACCUCUGGAUUUCAUUUGCAUUCUGACAGCUGUACUUAGUGAUGUAAUUGUUGGAGCAGUGAGAAGAAAAAUAAAAAAAUUUACUAUGCAAAUGAAAACAAUGUUCUACGUUAAAGUAAACUUUGACCACUCAUUUCACUUUCAAACGAAUAAAAGUCAAAGUUAUGAGGAUGUCGCUAAAAAAAUUGUGUCUGAUAUUAAAGCCAAGACCAAUACUUUUUUGAUAAUAUUUGAUUGGAUGAGUUUUAUGAUGAGUUUCUUCUUUCUUUUUAUGGUUUUAAAAGUUCUUAACUAUCGUCGUAAAUGGUUAAUCAAAGAUCGUUUUGAUAACAAAUAUUUAACAAGUUAUUUUCUGGAUAUUGAUCUGGUUAGAACAAAACAAGAAAAAGAAACAGCAUUACCAUUAAAUAGAAGAGAAAGAAGAAAAUAUAUUUCUCUUACCUCCAUUAAGUUAAUUGGAAAUGAACGAACUCGAUUAAUGCGAUCGAUAGUUUUCCUUGGACUCACAUCAUUCAAGCUUUCUACUCAUAUGUUCAUAGAUUACAGCCUAUACUGGAUUUUAAGUACAAUUCGUUAUCAUGGAAGAUUUCAAACAAAAACUGAGCAAGUCAAUUCUGUGGGAGUUCAUGUUGCUGGUGAUGGAUAUCUUGCCCAGCUUUACAAGAGUAUUAUAAAAGCAUUCUCACCUUCUGAUAGUGACAGCGAGAUAGAUAGUCUGCCUUGUCUACCAGAUCCCAUGCCACCAGAUUAUGAUUUAUAUAUACGUAUCAUUACUCUUAUAGUGUUUUGCUGGAUCAUGGCUAUUUUUGAACCUUAUGGAUUGCGAUUACGUCAAAUUGUUAUGGGUUAUUAUUAUCCAGAGAGAGCAAAGCAACGUGCUGUUUGGUUAUAUAAUCAUAUUAUGAGGUCAAGAGGAAAUUUCUUGAAGUACGCAAGACGACAAUUGCGACGAAAAUACGGAAUAAUCGGUGAUAAAAGUAUUGAAAAAGUUACUUGCAAGGAACGGAUGUGGGCCACAUGUCCUAUUUUAAAUUUCUUUUUUCCGCUGCAUCAAAAGAUGUGCCUAUUAUGUGGUUCUGUUGAGAGAACUAGAGAUCCACCGCAUAUUAAAUGUCCUACUCCUGAUUGUGCUGGUCUUUUCUGUAUUUUAUGCUACGCUGAUCUACAAAACCUCUGUACAAUUUGUAAAGUACCUCUGGAAUAUGGAGAUUUGUCUGAUUUUAGUGAAGAAAAAGACUCAUCAGAAGACGAAUUUGCCAAACUUUCUUCGACAAUGGAACGGAAAAUAAAAUCAGACAAGACAAGAAUAAAGUCAAUUGAAAAGAAUCCGAACGAAAAGAAGCAAGAAGAGUUAGAGUACAGAGAAGAGAAUCUUGAUGAACUUAACGAACCUCUUGUGGCAAGUAAUACAACUUAUCUAGAUAUGAUUUAUGAUGGUUUAGAGUGGCUAACACAAUUUUUUUGGGACGAUGAAACUGAAAAUAAACAAGACAACGUACAAGUCUAUCAAGUAAUGCCUGAUGAAGAGAAAAGAUUACAAAAACAUAGUUCACUUUACAAAAAUGUUGGAGCUCAAACUCAACGUGAUGACGUUACUAUGCAAAUAUUUAAAGAAUUACCUAAACAAGAGGAAAAAGAUGAUGAUAUAAAUGAUAGUAGUGAUGAAAAUCCAACAUUUUGUUUCUUCAAAAGAGCUCAUAAAAAAUUGAGCUCAAGUAUUAAAAGAAAAUGUACAACGUGCUGGAGAAGAAAAUCUCCAUCAUAUUCUAACUUAUCUUCAUCAGCGGAUCAAGAAAAUGUUCAUAAAAGCUUAAAAGGAGUGUGGAGAUCAGAAAAAGUGAAAAGGAAACAGCGCGGUAAAAGGAAAGGCUUUAAAGAUGUUUUGAAUAAAUUUCCAUGGCCGAGGAAAAAAUUAAAGUAUAACAGCAAAGAAUUAAUUCAUCAUUCAUCAUCGUCUGAGCUCUUAAUUGAAGAGGGAAGGAACGAAAGUUUGUCAAAUAAAGAGAAAAAUAAACGAGAACGUGGUGGUGCAGAUAGAUAUCAAGUACAAGAUUCAUUUUUUAAAAGCUUAGAACACCAGACAAGAUGUUAUGAAAUUAAUGAAUGUAGUUCCUUGAACUUGUUACAACUAAAAACUAUUUCUGAUGACAAGACAAAAAGAUUAAUAAGAGUAGACAGUACAGAUAAUUUUGAAAUGGAUAGUGAUUCUUUUUGCAAGAGGUCUGAUAAAUAAUUCCUUGAAAAAUUUCAAUACAGAUCUAAUAAAGUUAAGCAAGAGUCAACGAAUCUCUUAUUUACGUCUAAAAUAUUCCAUUCACUAGUUGAUAGUGUUCUAUCAUCGACCUCACAACGAUUUAUUUUUCUUAAAUACUUCACACAAAAAUGA